CGGCGACGUGACGUACAGACCGUUAUAUAGGGUGUAAAAUAGUAUACAACUGGACCAAAUGAGGUUCGUACAAGUCGUGGAAUAMGCUCUCAUGUAAAUGACGACCUUGAUAGUAUAAGGAAAUGAAUGGCUCCCGAUGUCAUUGUUAACGAUAGAUAUUUUGACAUGUACACCAAAGGAAACCAAAGCCAAUUGCUUCGUUAUCCUGGGUAUGUAAGCUCAUGUUAAUUGAAAAAACCACUGCAAAUAGGCUGAACGUAAAUACACCAAGAGUCGAGUAUAAAUUGGACGACAGUUCACGAUAAAAUACCCAUCCUCAAGAUUAUAGRAAGAAAGGACYUUGUUACUUCGACAGUUGCGAAAAACAUUGAUGGUGAUUUAUAACUACUUGGUUUCAGUAAGAUGUCCAACUGGUAUUCCUUUGGAUUUGUUUUCCUCGUCGUUUCUAUUUUUAAUGAGUUCUGUAGUUUAGAAGCUAAUAAACUKCAAAGUCCAGAAGAAAAAGUUAUUAAUUUCAUAUUAGAGAACUACCGUCAAGAGGCGCGUCCUGUUAUUAACCCAAAUAGUACCGUCAGCGUCGAGUUUGGACUCGAACUCGUACAACUCGUUAACGUGAAUGACAGACAUCAAAUGAUUACAACUAAUGUAUGGGUUCGACAGAAAUGGGAAAACCAACUUCUUACUUGGGACCCUGACAAAUACAACGGUAUAAGACAAGUUCGACUGGAUGCCAGUAAAGUAUGGAUCCCGGAUAUWGURCUCUACAACAGUGCUGGAAGUGARUUCAGCGGUGGAACAGAGAAGUACAAGACACCUGUYAUUGUGAAUUUCGAUGGAACCAACAAUUGGUUUAGUCCAGCAUCGUUUACAAGUACMUGUAAAAUAGACGUCACCUUCUUUCCCUUUGAUAGUCAGACAUGCUCAAUGAAGUUUGGCUCCUGGACCUACGAGAUUAACGAUCUGGAUAUGACGCCAGAAAACGCUUCCAUGACAUCAAUGUACACAGAAAGCGCCGAAUGGGAUCUAAAAAUUGCCUUUAAGAGACGUCAAGCAAAGAAAUACCCAUGCUGUACCAACGAAUUAGUCGACAUCACAGCUUUCAUCACUAUCAAACGAAAACCUUUGUUUUAUCUCUUUAACCUUGUUGUCCCAUGCAUGAUAAUCCUGUCCAUGAUCCUCCUGGGCUUCUUCCUACCCCCUGAAUCYGGUGAACGUAUUACCCUCAGUAUUACAAUUCUUCUAGCGAUGGCUGUGUUYUUGCAACUGGUUGGAGAAAGUUUACCUCGAAACUCAGAGACAAUACCGUUACUUGGCACAUUUUACAUCGCCAUCAUGGCGGAGAUCUCAAUAUCCUUGAUGUUGACUUGUUUUGUGUUGAACAUUCAUUAUCGAGGAACUGGAAACUCAGCCCAAGAGGUCCCAGUCUGGGCCAAAAUCAUUGUCCUCGAUUGGUUAGGCUAUGUAUUGUGUGUCAGGCGGUCCUUCAGAGAAGAUCGUGAUUCACAGCCAUUGCGCACAGAGAAAAGAUACGUGGAUACGCGUAAAGGAGGGGCYGGAUAUUCUGUUUCAUUGGCUUAUGAAUACGCGGACAUGAACUUCGCGCCGUCAGCUAACUGUCAUUGCAGUCGAUGCUCGCACGCUCGUGGAGUCGUUUAUGAGAACAGCGCUGACCGUAACCACGCACCGGAUAUCAAGUUUGUAGAAAAUCGUUUUACAGGAGAAAACUCGCCCGUCGGAUCACCAGGUUGGAAGCGACGUCCAGGAGAACCCAGCCUGACCGAGGAAAUCAGCGUUCUUUCGAAUAGCAUCCGAGAACGAGAGAAGAUGGAGAGACACCAAGAGGAAUGGAAGUAUUUUGCCAUGGUUAUGGAUCGGAUGUUCUUUUGGCUUUAUUUUGCAACUAUUAUCAUAUCAUCAUUAACGAUUAUAUUACGCAGACCGUGAAGUAUUAUGGGUACCUCUGGUCUCGAGGUCUGUUAGCGUUCAUCGUGGAGUCUUUGGUCCUCUCCCUUAGAACCAAAUCAGGGUGAAGAAAAAAUCAGUUAAUCAACAACAACAACGGUGCCAUUAGCAACGGUUACCAUCGCAACAGUUGCCAACCAAAGUUCAUGGAAACGAAAUGUUGUUUAUCCGAGGAAAUAUCUGAAGUAUAUCGAUUGGGAAACACUAAACUAGAGAUCGGAGUGUAAAAUAUAAUAAUAUGUAUGCUGUCAAACAGUUGUAAGUAAGUGUUUAUAUUUAUGAUUAGCAUUUUUGAUACUGCAUUGGUGCUAAUCAAGGACGUAUAGUAUCAUUGUUGAAAGGUAGUAACCUAAAAGAUAUUUGCUAUUAUAAUGACAUUUGAGUCACGUCGUUGGGUUACCUGUAGCUUAGGAGGACAGAGGAAAGCCUGGUUUGUGCAAAGUCGACUGCUAUAUUUCCGCUAGAAGUUUUGACUACYUUGRAAAUCCAAACAUUGCGGUAGUUCAGGUUUAAAGGAAAKGCUUAUUUUUAGCAAUUUAGUCAAUAAUGGUUGUGUUGUGGUGCAGGCUGAAUGUCAAUAUUGCCAAGAAUCCAUAAUUAUAGAAGUUUCGUUUGUAAAAGACAAUGKAAAGAAUAUUAAAUUCAAAAAUWAUGAAUAGUUAGUUUGAAAAUAUUCAGU